AUGCCCCCACAUCGGCGGCCUGCGACUGCGUAUUCAGAGACGAUUCGCAUUCUGUUGUACGACCCGGGCCCUGAGGCCAAGGUGCAAGCCACCCAACGUAAGUAUCAGUCCAACACUAUCACCAUGGGCGCGGCAUCGGUCACCUCGAUGGAGGCAACGUUCCCGCAAAGAAUCGUCGAUGACACGAUCAAACCCGCCGUUGUCAGUGAAGCCGAAGUUCGUUUUGCCCCGUCCUUCCCCCAACGGGCCAACGAUGUUACCUAG